UCGAUUGAUUUGCUCUAAAGUUGCAUUGAAAAUCGCAUUGCCACAUGUGAACCUUUUUAACUUAUUUGUUAUGACAUUUCGGGGACUUUAAAAAAUUAGUACCACGUAUAUAAGUACUUACAUUUAUUCCGUUAUUUUACGUAACAUUUAGAAAUCUAGUGUGAUUUUGUGACGCAUAAAUGGCAUAAAUUAUUGAAAAGCGAUAAGAGAGAAAGUAUAUAUUAUAAAUACAUUUUUUUUCGUAACCUUCGCGUUGAUAAUAUUUUAAAUAUGACUACGUAGACGAGGAAAAACGGGAGUCGGGAGUGGAACAAAACUUUCAAAUGCUAAUAUUCCUAAUCUGAAUUCACUUUACAUCAGACUGUUGAUUGUGACGGUUUAUUAUUGUUUCUCAAUUUCUUUUGUUAUAAUAAAAUUUCGUGGGUAAUUUUUUUUUUAGGUUAUGUAGUAAAAUUUGAUUUUUAUUAAAAAAUCUUAAAAAAUAAAUAAAUUGUAUGUUUAUUUUUGACUAAUAGACUAUUUUGAUAAUUUUACCUAGAGCCGCACAUGUUUUUUUCGAGUGUUAUUUGUCGAAUGAUUUUUGUAUAUUUUUAUUUUUUAUUCUUUGAAGAAAAUAGUGUGAAUUAUGGACAUCAUAGAUGUAGAACCUCAUAUUGAUGUAACAAUCGAUGAAAAUGAGGUUAUAAAAGGAGCGACAGAAAUUAUCAAAACUAUUAGACCUGACUGGCCUAUAGAUCAAUUAUUAUUCAAGGAAUUUAAAGACGGAAUAACAAAUAAACUAGUGGGACUAUGGUAUCCAGAGCAUUACAACGAAAUGAUAUUGAUUCGAAUUUAUGGACACAAAACCGAUUUGUUCAUCGAUCGAAAAGCUGAGACUAGAAAUAUUAGGAUUUUAAAUAAAGCCGGUUAUACGCAUUCAAUUUAUGCAACGUUCAAUAACGGCCUUGCCUAUGAAUUUAUUGAAGGUGAAACUCUCACCAUCAAGACUGUUAGAAAUCCAAUUGUUUAUCAACUUGUAGCUAGAAGAAUGGCAGAGAUGCACAGGCUGAAACCGAUUCAUCCGGAAAUGAGUCAGAAGCCUUUUGUUUGGUCCAAAACCGAAGCGUUUUUGAGCUUUGUACCAAAAGCGUUUGCUAAUUGCGAGAAACAAUUGAAAUUUGAAGAGACGAUUAAACCCUUUGCAGUAUUAAGGGAUGAGUACAAUUUUUUGUAUGAAAAAUUUUCGCAAAAUGGAAGUCCCGUUGUUUAUGCCCACAAUGAUCUUCUUCUUGGAAAUAUUCUUUACGAUGAGAAAAAGAAUUUAGUGACUUUUAUUGAUUUCGAGUAUACCGCCUAUAAUUAUCAGGCUUUUGAUAUUGCUAAUCAUUUUGCUGAAUUUGCAGGAACCGAUCGUCCGGAUUAUUCCCUUUAUCCGGAUAAAAAUUUACAGAAGGCUUGGCUGAAAAUUUACCUCGAAGCUUAUAAUGAAACGAAUAGAAUAACGGAAGAAGAGGUCGAACAACUUUAUGGCGAAGUUCAAAAAUUCGUUCUUCUCUCGCACUUCUUUUGGGGAUGCUGGGCACUCAUACAGAGUGAACACUCUCACAUUGACUUCGAUUUUUUAGAAUACGCUGCAAUGAGAUUUGACGAGUACUUUAAAAGGAAAAGCAAACUUGGUUUUUAAUAUAAAUAAAAAAAAAAAAAAAAAAAAAAUUAGAAAACCAAGAGAUUUUCUGUGAUAUUUCUUAAUAUAUAAGAGGACAUUCCCACUUAAACGUUGAGAAGUGAGACAAGACUAUUUUAUGCAAAUUCAAGGGCUGUGAGAGGAUUUUACGCGAAUUUCCUUUUAUGAAUAAGAAAAACCAAAAAAAAAACAAAAAACAAAAACAAUAAAUUAUGGUUGUAAUAUUGCAUUUACGAUUUAAUAUUCAAGCUUCUAAAUAUAAUUAUCAUGUAAUAUUCAAUUAUAUAUUAUAAAUUAAUAUACAUAUAUAAUUAUUA